AUGCGUUUCUCCAUUUCCAUCAUAGCAUCUCUGCUGCUGCUAACAUCAACGUACGCAUUCCCAACUAUCAACAAACCAAAACAACACCCAACACGAUCCACUCCAAUAACAACCCACACCCUCCCACCAACCCUCCUCUACCAAUUCCCGAACAACACUUGGCUCGAAAACUUCGCCAUCCGUCCCAAUGGCCAACUCCUCAUAACCCUAAUCACCACACCCGAAAUCUACCUCUGGGACCCCCUUUCCCCUUCAGAGGUAACACACAUCACAACCCUCCCCUCCUACGUCUCCCUCCUAGGCAUCGCCUCCCCAAUCCCAGACAUCUAUUACUUCGUAGCCGGGAACUGGACAUCAGCAGCCGGCACCGUGCCCGGAACCUACGCCAUCUGGAAACUAGACAUGCGCGUCUCUAGUCCAAAAGUAGUCAAAAUUCUCGAUAUGCCAAAAGCACAGUUCCUCAACGGUCUCGAUGUCUUGAGUCCCUCAGACGGCACACUCCUAGUCGCCGACUCAGUCCUGGGACUUGUCUGGAAAAUCAACAUCUUCACACGCACCUACGACGUCUUCAUCGACGUCCCGGAGAUGAAAAUAGCUGUAAACUCAACUUUACAACUCGGGAUCAAUGGUAUCCACAUCUUCCAAAAUGCACUGUAUUUCACAUCCAUGACGCAAGAGCUUUACUGCCGCAUCUCCCUAAACCCAACACACAAUUCCUCCCACGGCGCGGUAGAAACAUUAGCCACCGGUAUUUUCGGCGACGACUUCACGAUCGAUCGAUUUGGGAAUUCGUGGAUCACGCAGGAUCCGAUGGAUUUGAUGACGCUUGUGAUUGGCGAGGGGAGUCGAAAGGGAGAAGUGUUUACGCUGGCUGGGAGAGAAGGUACGAAAGUGACGCAAAGUGGUGUGCCGUAUGUGGUUGGAGCUACCAGAGCUGCUUUUGGUGUGCUGGAGGAGGAUGAGGAUGUGCUUUAUGUGGUGACCAAUGGUGGGAUUGCUGCUGCUAAAAAUGGGGUUGUGGGUGGUGAGAUUUUGAGUUUUGAUACUGCUGGGUUUUUGAAUCAGAUAUUGGGAUGA